AUGGGGCAUGAACAGUCUAGUGUUGAGAAGUUUGAGAAAUUUACAUGGAAGGUUCAAAACUUCUCUAGCUUGAACAAAUGUGAGGUUUCCUCGGAACCUUUUAUCUUAGGCGGCUUUCCAUGGCUGAUUUAUCUGUAUCCAAAGGGGGAGGAAGGAGAAGAGGACUUUUCAUCAAUUUAUUUGGGGACUGUGAAAACAACUAAUAUGUCUGAGGGAUGGAGUAGAGAUGUCAAAUUUAAGUUGCUUCUAUUCAAUCAGCUCAAUGCCAACAAAACAGUCACAAUAGAAUCUAGAUAUGAGUUCAAUGCGAGACAGGAUUCCUGGGGUUUCAAAUCUUUCAUUACUUUGGAUGAGCUUCAUGAUUCUGAAAAUGGUUUUAUUGUGAAGGAUUCUUGUAUUUUUGGUGCAGAAGUUUAUGUUUGUAAGUCAGCACAUGAGAAACCAGUAAAUCAAUCAACUAACAUAUCAACAGCUUCCUUAAGACCGAAGCUAGAGGAAGGCGAGCUUAUGGAUUUCGAAUGUUUAGGACAAAUGGAAAAAAAAUUUGCUCCAUUAUUAGAUCUAGCAUGUUAUAUGCAUCCUUCACUUAUUGUUUGUCAGCAGAAAAGAAGUCGUAAGUUUAGGGAAUGGGCAUUCAGUGCUUUGGGAAGAGUAAUUUAUUUCCUACAGACUAAAAAGGUGAGAGAUAUGAAUGACAUUGCUUGCAAGCAUCUGCAAAUUUACUGGGAGGAACUUGAGCACUUUGGUUUCGAUUUGACUUGGCUUGAGCCUCAUGUUCAAUCAGCUUUAAGUAUGAAAAGUUAUUUGAAUAAAUUGAAAGAAGCAGAGAAGCUAAAGGAUAACGUGGUAGCUCUAGAGUUGGAAAUGCAACGGCUUAAAGCAAAGAUGGUUAUUGCAAGAGACUUGUUGGAAGCACAAAAGUUGGAGGAAGAGAUAGAUUUGGAUGCUGAACUAGGAUUUGUGAAACUAUAG